AUGUGUGGCUAUAAAAAGAGAGAAAUAUCACAGAAAAAAGGGAGAGGAAAAAACCCAAAAAGAAACAUUCUCUGUCACGAAAAUAGAAGAAAAAGGAUGAAGCCGUGGCCAAUCAGAAGCUUGACGGAACAGCCGCACACCGACCUCCGCGCAACCACCGGAAGCUCCGCCUUCGGUGAACCAACAACACCGCGAGAAGCCCUCCAUUCCGAUCACCCACCUCCGAUCGCGGCAACACCAGAUCCAGCGUCUCCGCCAUCUCCUCCACCACCUCAGCCGAAGCCGCAUACAACCGGCACCGCCCUAUUCAGUCCUCCGAUUGCAAGCCACCGUGGCGGAUCUAAACAAUGGGAAAAUAGAAGAAAAAGGAUGAAGCCGUGGCCAAUCAGAAGCUUGACGGAACAGCCGCACACCGACCUCCGCGCAACCACCGGAAGCUCCGCCUUCGGUGAACCAACAACACCGCGAGAAGCCCUCCAUUCCGAUCACCCACCUCCGAUCGCGGCAACACCAGAUCCAGCGUCUCCGCCAUCUCCUCCACCACCUCAGCCGAAGCCGCAUACAACCGGCACCGCCCUAUUCAGUCCUCCGAUUGCAAGCCACCGUGGCGGAUCUAAACAAUGGGUUAAAAAAAAAAGGGAUCUUGAUUAUGGACCAUUCCAUGUGCCAAAGCCCAUUAAACUAGUAACUUCUAAUCUCUAA